AUGAAAACGAUAGAGAGCCUCAGUGAAUGUUACUUUGCGGGCAAGGGCACCGCUCUGGUGCUUCCGGCGGAGGCGCACAAGUCCAGCAGACAAUCGGAGGCUCAAGGCAGCAACAUCCAGAAACACUUGCAGUCGAUGUUCUACUUGUUGCGACCCGAAGAAACGCUGAAAAUGGCUGUUAAACUCGAAAGCGUUCAUCCUAAUCGUACUCGUUAUUUAGUAGUCGUGUCGCGUUUUGGUCGCAGGGCCGAAGAGUCCUGUCUUUUGGGAAUCGAUUGUAAUGAGAAGACGACCGUUGGAUUGGUACUAAGAGUUCUAGCAGACACCGCUAUCACGCUGGACGGAGAUGGGUAAGUGUUGUAUAUUACUCUCAUAUU